AUGACACUCACAAUAGAUGAAAUUUUGGAGAGAAUUGGUGGCCAUGGCCGCUUUCAAACGAUAUUGUUGUUGUGUAUGACAUACAUUUACAUGUCUAUGGUUGCUUUUCAUCUGAUGGUGAUAGCCUUUAUAGCUGGAGAACCUUUCUGGGAGUGUGCUCAAAAUAGUACAAUGUGUAAUCUUACUGAAGCAGUGAGUACAGUCAGUGAGCAUUACAAGGAAAGAUGUAAUAUGCCACGAUCUGAAUGGAAAUUCGUUGAUACUUAUACUUCUACAGUUACCGAGGUAUAAGAUGUAUAUGAUUUUUGUAAACUCGUGCAUGAAAAAUAGAUUAAUAAGCCACUCAUGAAUAAUUAAUGACCUGUAGUGAGCCAAAUUUUAGUCAUCUUGAAAUCUUAGUCAUCUUGAACAGCUUUUAAAAGACAAGAAAGGUAUCAUAGAAAAGCUAAAUAACAGCUCUAUCGUCCUAUGUAAAAACUGAAUUGUUUAGCUAAGUUUGUGAUGCACGACAGCCUGUUUAAUUUCCAUAGCGCUUUUUUAGACACCCUGUAUAUCUUGCAAACCCCCAUACAAAUGAAGUAAUUCAAUUAUAUGCAAACUACUUUCAGACACCUAGUGGUUGUAAUUGUUUAUUACGAGUGAUGUGACUAGUAUGCAUAUGAGUUGAUCAUUAGGUUGUGCUUGAGGUUCAUAUCAUACCCUGGAAACUAGUCAGAGUCAUAAGGAUACGACUCAUGCCUUCGAGUAGCGUCUCGUAACUGACUGUCUUUUGAUUGGAUAGUGACAUGAAUAAUCGUCUUUGAUUGGCUAUUACAAAAAGCGUUCCGUAAUAUUAAGUACAUGUGAUUGGUUGUUAAUGUUUGUUUAAAAAAUGUACGUGUUUUACGAUUCGAGUCUUUUAUGAAAAAUGCAUUUUCGUUCUUCAAAUACGUAGAAAAAACUAUAGGGGCUGAGGGAGAGGGGUGACGGGUGAUAUAAAGGACUAGGACAUGAAUAUUUUUCAAACUGAGAAGAACGAUUUUCUAUUUUCUAUUUUCUAUUUUCUGACAAACAGUGGUUCUUACAGCGCGCCAAAACAGAAUAGAGAGCUUAACUAAACGAAGUCAUGUCUUGACAGUUGAUUCACGAACGCCGAUCGGAAGUCAAUCGAGCUAUGUUACAGAUGGCGAGCCGCUCUCGUUUGAAAUCACGAACUCGAAACUGCAUAUAUUGACUUCUUCUGUUCUCGAUUUCAAAGAUUUCAAUCACGACCCUGAUAUCAUUAUUUUUUAUCAAAAACGUCCCUUGCUUAAGCUUUCUAAUAACAGAUCACACACUCGGUAGUAACCCCAAUGUAGUAACCCUUUAUUUUAUCUAUAUUAAUUUCCAGUCCUACAUUUGCAACUUUCUCUGUAUGUUUGCACGUGUAGUCUACCUAGAUCAAUUCUCUAUUUACAUUAAUGCAUGUACAUGUCCUUACUUGAUUAACUGUUCCGAAAGCACAUCAGUUUAAUAAUACUGUAAGUUACAUACCUUAAAUAUACCAACAAUCUUUUCUGAUAAAAGUAAAUAAGUAAUCAGUAUUGAAAAAUUAAUAUAUGAAAAACUAAAUAUCUGACAGAAGUCACAACUCACAACUAAGCUGUUUAAUAUAAAACAUUGUGCCCUUCCAACUUUAGGUUUGUUUCGACACUUCAAAGCAUUUUAAUUUAAAUUUUUGAAUUUUUGUAGUAUGACCUUAUAUGUGAAGACUCUAUCCUUCAAAGUGUCGCGUCUUCGUUGUUCUGGGUUGGAUGGUUUGUUGGUAAUAUCUUGAUGGGGUAUAUGUCAGAUAAGCUUGGACGCAAGAAAGCAAAUCAACUGUCAGUCACUCUUGUGUUUUUUUCUUCUUGGAUAUUAAUUUGGCCAAAGGGACUCUGGGUUUUCAUGGUAUGUCGUUUCGUCACUGGAAUUGGAAGUGGUAAGUCGUCCAGUAAUCUUGUGUACGAGAUCCCUGUCAGUUCUCAGGCCGGUAUACUCUCUCUCAUCCCCCUUAUCUUCGAGCAAUGCCUUAUCUUCAAGCCAGAGUAUCAAGCUCUAUUUUACAAACUUUAAUCCAGUCGCUCUCCACCCAUAGAUUGUUGAACAACAACAAUCUGAUUAUAGUUAAAACUGCUAAUAAUGGUAUAAUCUAAUUGCCACUAUAACCAAUCCAGAUCGAUCGGGGGAGGGGGUAAAUCCGGGUUACGUUUCUUAGUUUAAACCAGGCUAUAUAAUUUGGAUUACCUGAUCUUACUAUUUAGGAGGAGCAUGUAUGUGUGCUUUUAUCAUUGUCGUGGAAUUCAGCCCCAGUAGACGACGUGGGACGGUGGGAUCCGCUAUAUGGCUAUCGGGACCAAUCGUUUAUUCAAUGAUGGCGCUGUUUGCGUAUUUGAUUCGUGACUGGAGAUAUCUCAUGCUUCUUGGUGCAAUGUUGGGCAUUCCUGUCAUGAUUUUCAUUUGGUGAGUUUUACCUCUUGGACAGCUUCACCAUGGUGAGGAUGUGAAUGGGUUGACUGACCACUAGCAUUUGUCCGCCGUCUGUAUGACUGAAAACUGACUUAAUAGUAAUUUGGGAAUUUCACAUUUCUUUAAAAUUUUAUGGACAGUUGACAAUUGGAUUGAAAUUUAGAGACUCCCAAAUACCGCUAUCAAAACCCAAACAAUGAUUAUAGAGGUGUGAUUCUAUUAUACAGUAUCACAGUCCACGUUCUUACUGUAGAAACGAUAGGUCAUUUAUAUUUGGUAUCGAUUAGAAUAGAUCAUAAUUGGAGGCGUACAAUAUACUGGCUUAAUUAUUUCAAAUAUAAUUUUGUUCAACAUGGAAAAUAUAGAUAUAAUCGAGUCGACUACUACACUGUAAAUUUCAGGGAGUUAAUUUAACUCCAGUGGUAUUAUUCUGAACCUAAUUUUACUCCACAUUUGGAGUUAAUUGAGGUACAGUAUAACUCCACCAGAGUUAACUCCCUGAAAUUAACAGUGUAGGCCUAUAUUUAAUUUCGUAUACCAUUUGCAUAGUACCAUUGAUACAAUUGGCUAACAUUUGUCUAUAUCCAGUUCACAACUUUGGAUAACUUACAUGCAUGUCUAUAACUUACAAGGCUUUACUUUGGAUAACUUAUAUGUGAUAAAACACUCCUACGCGUGCUUUAAAUAGUACUUAAAGUAUAGUAUUGGCAACGAUAUAAACAAACGUUAGUCGUUAGAUGAUUCUGUCUAUUUCCUUUGCAAUACAGGUUUAUUCCUGAAACACCGCGGCACCUGUUGGUUCAUGGGAAACACGACGAAGCUCGAGCAGUCCUAGAGAGUAUAGCGAAGUGGAACAAAAAAGAGAUGCCCCAGGAUGACAUUUAUGUACCAAAGCAAGCUGACGGUGAAAAAGCUGAUUUUAGAGAUUUGUUUUAUAACAAAUCAGUUACUUUAAUCACUUUAGUAACGUGGUUUUCAUGGUAAGGACAGUAAUGACAUUUUGGCGUUUGGAUCAACCUCGUUCCCAAAGAAUUCAGCAGUUGCAUUUGCUUAUGAGAGGGCAGGAGAGAUCAAAUUUUCGAUAAUUAUUCCAUUUUAAACAGCGAUGAGCAAAAGUGAAAAGUGAGAAAAAGCAAAUAAGAGACAUGCAUUGGAUUAUCAUAAGCCGCUCACAGCUCACUAACAUCACGAUCUUAAAAUUCAGUUCAACAUCUAGCUUGCAUUGCUUUGCAGUAAAAGCGAUGAAAUUAACCUUUUUUUAAAAGAUUUAACUUUGUUAUUGACUGCUAUCGACAUACAGCUAUUUCAAUUAAGGUUGUCCCCGAGCAAAGCGGAAAAGUCGAAUACGAGCGCGAAAGGCUGCUGGGAAUCGCUAAAAUAUUCACUAAUUUUUUGGCGAUUCCCGGCAAGCCUUUCGCGCUCGUAUUCGACUUUUCCGCUUUGCUCGGGGACAACCUUACUUGAAAUAGCUGUAUACGUGUUCGACCUUAUCUCGUGUAGCCGUACUUUUCUGUUCCUUUUCAGGCGAUUUGUAUAGGUAAUCGCAUGGGGCCGUGUAAAAUUAAGGUUUAAUUUCACGCGUCGGUAUUCUUAAAGUUUCACAAAUUGUGAAAAUUUAAAACACAAGUGAAAUUAAACCUUAAAUUUGCGAGGAACUAUGCGAUUACUUGUUAAUCAUAGAAGGCAAAAUUUAUUCGUAAGUUAAUUGUGAAAUUGUCAAGUUCUUGAACCUGGUAUAUGUCUCCAUGUCUUCGCCGAUGUUCCUUAUUAUAAUGCUGCCCAUUUCUUAAAUACUCCAACCAAUAAAUUUGUAUUUUUUCUAGUGUCCAUGUUUUCACUAGAAGUUUUUAAUUCUUCAAUAACAUCACUAUCCGCGACGACAACGCGAAAACCAUUGUUUUUAUGUACUAUUUAAAACACGAAACUUCUCGCGCUUGCGUCUCAGCCAAUCAGGUACAAGUAUUUUUGCCCUGAAUUAACAAAAAAUUCCCUCCUCAUUAGCCAAUCAUAUUUCAGUAAUUUUGCCCUCUAUAUGAUUAAUACCACAAUCCGUGGUAGUAUUAAAAUCUAUUGUUCAUUUGUUGAUUCAUUUUUUCUAGGUUUACAAUCUCCUUGAUGUUUUAUGCAGUUUCAUACAAUGCUGUAUAUCUGGGUGGCAAUAUCUAUCUUAGCUUUUUUCUCACCAAUAUCGUUCUAACUCCUGCAAAUGUAUCAACGAUUGUGGCAAUAAAAAAGUAACUAAAUUUAGACUCUUAUUUUACAUUUAUCAUUUAUGCUAAUUUUAAGAAAUCUUACAAGAACUACACUUAAAAGUCAGACGGAUGGGCGAUUAAUCCAAUCAGCAUCUUUAUAUAUAUUUACAGUCGGACAAAUAUAUCUCAAACUCAUUAAUAAUUCAUGAGUAAAUUAGCCAACCAUAUUGCUUUAUUUUGCUCACAUGAUAACACUGGAUACCUGUUGAGGUGCUGAUUGACGUGAAAUAGAUUAGUCCUGUCCUCGUAGUCGGACUUGAACCGGUCUGCAACGUUUUAGCUGGCAAUGAGAAUCAGAUUAUCAGAUGGGUUCCACGACGUAAGGGGCGGACCACUAGAAAUCCCGGGAGGGGGGGGGGGUGAAAAUUCCCCCCAAAAAAUUCGUGCAAAGAAAAAUGCCUGGAAAAAAAUUCGUGCAGCCAUUACGUCAGAGAAAAAAAUUCGUGCAGGCAAACAGCAAAGUACAAAUAGUCUUGAAAAAAAAUUCGUGCAGAGGUUAAAUGCAUUAAAAAAAAUUCCUGCAGAGACAUGAGACUGAAUAAAAAUUGUGCUGCAAAAAUUUUAUACUCCCCCUCCCGGGAUUUCUAAUGGUCCGCCCCUUAACGAUUGAGAAACAGCUAGACGAAAUAUUUGCAUUAACCUAAAAUUGGAAUGCUCAAGUAUCCAAAAUUCAUGCAAAAAAGUUUCAUUUCAUAUCCAAGCCCUCAUUGUCUAUAACAAUAUAAAACCGUUACACCUCAGUCAGUCAACUAUCUUCAGAGUGAAUUUAUUAUUUUUCUUUAUAGACUUGGUCGUAAGAGGGCCAUUAUUAUUGGUCUACUUCUUGCUGCCGUUUCCACUGUGAUUACUGUCUCAAUUCCUGCUGACAGAACUAAUGCAGGUAAAUCCUACGAGGCAAUUCUUCACCGUUGAGGGGUGGCCGUAUGCCCGUAUCAGAAAACAAUAGCGAACUUAUAAGCAAGGCCUAAUCUAGUACGGGGACGUGGCAAGAAACAGCCUUAAAUUUUACACUUUCAUAAAUAUAAAGAACUAUUAUAAUAGUCUAUACCGUUAUUAAUUAAGAACCUCGACAAGACGGACGAAAGUGCAACGAACACGGCUAUUGAAUUCAUAUUAAUAGAAGAAAAUGAACAGAAAGGAACAAUUAAAAUCCCACGGGAGUUUUAGACGUCGCCGUUGCUCUGUUUACAACAACAAGUCUUGUAUACAACGCUUAUAUUUCAAACUGGGAUCACUGCUACUUUGAAGUGGAUCCUAGAACUUUUCUUAAUCAUCAACACUUUGUUAACGUUGAUUCUUAAACUGUAAACCCGGAACCCCCAAUCAGUGGCGUGCUGGGUACUAUUUUUCUGGAGGGGCCAGUGGGCUGUCAACCAAUAUGCGCCCCUAUAAUGUUACGCUUUAUAAACGAGGGCCGAAGGCACGAGCCGAGCGCCGCAGGUGCGAGGUUUGUCUAGGGGGGUCCGGGGGCAUGGCCCCCAGAAACAUUUUUCAAUUUAGAGUCUCUGAAAUGCCAUUUCCUGGACUUUUCCAUUUGACAGAAAUCUGAUGGUCAGGGAACGGAUUAUAACGUGUCGAAUUUGCAAUUUGGUUAGAAUUUAGUAGUAGUACUUAAAUUAUGCAAUGCUAACUACUUCCACCGAUUAAUCUAAUCCCAAUUCUAUUUUCUACUGAUCUAGUGUUCUGAAUACAUUUACAACUUACAGCUCUUUUAUACAAUAACACGGACCCCACGCAUAUGCAUUUUAAGGUUUCCUUGCCUGGCUGCCAAAAGGGCGUGUUUCAGCAUAUUUCAUUACUUACAUUACUCAUGAUGUUUCUUGCGCAAACAAACAAAUUGCGUACACAAUUUUGCAUAAUAAUAUAAGGGCAUAAUACCAGCAAAAAAGGGCAUAAUUCCCGUGAUCACUUCGAAACCUGACCAAUAUUCCGGUAAUGAGACAUUGCCUGUGAUCACUUAGCCUGCGAACAGGCUCUCAAGCUGAAUUGAGAGCCUGCAUCGAUGACUAAUGAAUUUGAAUAUCUGCGUCUCAAAUCGUGACGCGAAAUUCUCAUUGGUCAGAUGCUAUAAUUUAUAUUAUUCCGCUGAGCUCUAUAUAUGUCAACUGUUGAAACACUAUGCAUAAAAAACACAUUAACUGAUCAAAUUGGUCUUGGCCAUCUUAUUUCAAAGCACGAAAUGUUCUGUUUUGAGAAAACAGUAUUUAAAACAUUUGAACUUUUGCUUGAAUAUCUUAUAUUUCGAAAAACAGUAUAAACUGUACGGUCUAAAUUUAGUUUGCACGGUCUAAAUUUAGUUUGCACGGUCUAAAUUUAGUUUGCACGAAAGUUGUUAACAACACCAUAUAAGGAUAGACAUUCCAUAUUUGGAAAAACGAACGUUACGGGGCAGAUAUUCAAAUUCAUUAGUCAUCGAUGCAGGCUCUCAAUUCAGCUUGAGAGCCUGUUCGCAGGCUAGUGAUCACUGAUCAUGUUUCUCUAUGAACGAUUUUGUGUGAGCUGUGAGGUAGCAAAUUAGGAAAUACGGUUAGACAAAAUAGUCUGUAAUUUAAUAUGUGUGACUUUGUCGCCUGUGCGCUUAGUCUGUUUAUAAGCACAUCUUUUCUUGGCGGAAGUAACUAUAUUUUUUCGAAUGCGUUUUUCCCACCCACUUUCAAAAUUCGGCGCCCCCUUUUAAUUUUUGCGCCCCCCAAGAAUUGCCAGCUGGGGGGGCCGUGGCCCCCCCCCCCCCCCCCCCCCCCCCCCCCCCCCCCCCCCCCCCCCCCCCCCCCCCCCCCACGCACACACUUUUCUUCAGGGCCAAUUUUGUGGACAUCAAUUUAUUUGAUGGGACCAAUUCUGUCAGCUUUUAUCCUUUCUUUUUGCUCUGUGGAAUGUUUAUUUGACAGAUAUUUAUUCUUUCUUUUAGGUUUUUCAGCUGGAAGAAUAAUCACUGCGAUGGUUGCAAAAGGAUCAAUCUAUGUUUCAUUCAUUGGUAUCUAUGUGCAAGGAGCUGAAGUAUUUCCAACGACUGUGAGGUUAAUGACAUUAUAUAAUAAUAAUCUGAGUUCAAUUCUUCGGUUCGAGAGACAUUACCUCAGUGGCAUAACGGCGGAAGAGGGGGCCUUAGGCAUAUUUGGUGUGGGGGCCCCUGUUGACUGUUGUCAUUGUUUGACUGAGAUAUUAUAUUUAUAUUUGCUGUAUAUUGAAUAUUGAUAGAAUAUUCUGGAAAAUUCCGUGUCUAUAACAAUAACAGUCUCCAACACAUGUAACAACUAAUAAGAAUAUAUUUUGUUUUAUUGUUGAGGUGGAAUAAAAAAUCCGCUACCGUUGUCGAUGGACGUUUUAUUAUUUAGUAUUAAUUUUGCAUUUUCCCAUUGAUUCUAACCGGCAUUUUUUACGUUUUCUAAUUUUCUGGGCGAUAGGCCGUGGCUGAUGCGGCCCCCUAACUGGCCCUUAGUUUUUGAACUAACCCUACCCAAUGAGCGUUACGCCACUGCAUGAUCUGUCAGAGGACGGACGAUAGGAUGACUUCAUUUUAGUGACGUAACAUCUUUAAACCAAUGACAGCUCUCUCAGAAACAUCACGAACCAACGACUCGCCCCGACAGCAACCCGACGGCUCUGCCCCGACGGCUUGUGGGCUACCUUUUAGUUCCUACCACGUUAUGACGUCAUAGUGUGUGUCUAUUACUGAAAAGGAAACGGAAAAAGUGUUUUCUAUUUGUUAAUUACAAUUACAUUUGCCGGAUGUUUUGACUGACAACAGACAAAAUAGCUGACAAAUUUUGACAAACUAUUAAACAGGAAUAUGCAACUGGAACUAUGGCAUCUUAUAUAGUAUUUUACUGGCUAGAAUUAUAUCUAAUGAAUGACUUCCACUUAACUCAAAAGCUUGUUGUCUUAUUAUUUAGAACUUAUCAGACUUUUCCAAUGACUUCUAUGAACAAAUGAAUGAAAAAAUAUUUAAUUAGGAUAAGUGUCUUACAGAAGGUUGCUCUUGCUCUAUCACGUUCAGGCACGUCCUGUUCUCUACCUUCUUCUUGGGUCUUUUCGUCAAUGACAAUGCUAUAAUUUGUUCCAUGCUUUAUGUAGAAAUAUCGCCAUGGGAACGUCUUCUGCGUGUGCUCGUAUAGGAUCCUUCAUUGCUCUAUACAUAAUUUGGCUGGUAAGUAAGAUUAUUACAAUAUACAGUACAGUGGGUCUCUGAAGUGGCAAGUUUCACUAACGACUAUCGUGUGUACAGCUGUACAGCCAGAAAUCUCACAGACCUGUCGCAAAUUGUUGAUUUUACCGGCUUGCGGCAAGUUGUCAACAAGUCGCGACAGGUCUGUUGGUUUCGUCAGGCGGCAACAGACUUGCGGGAACAGGUCUGUCGCAAGCUGUUGACGACAGAGCCGUAGCGACUUGUUGAAACAACCCACUACAAACCUGUUACUGGUCUGAUAGAACAACUUACAGCAAGUCUGAUGAAAUCAACAGGUUGUUACAACUUCUUUCCAACAGACCUGUGCGAGUUGUUAUUGUCAAGUCUGCAGCAAGCUUGUUAUCAGACCUGCGCCAAACUUGUCCACAACAAACGAAAAUGAAACAAAUCGAAAAGAGAAAAAUCGCACGAAAUGGACGCUUCCGCGGGCUUCACUUUCUCAUUCGAUCAUUGCAUUUGCAAUAUUAAAUGCAAAACAGCAAAAGCCGCUGUUUUAUUUUUAAAAAAUAGUUUCGAUUUCCAAAAAAAAAAGCUAUGUUUGUGUUAGUUUGGGGUAAUCUUCAAUACAUAUGACAAAACAUAAGGUUUUUAAAGUUUUUUUGCUUCGUUACAUCAGCGCUAUGAUACAAAAUGCCUCCAAUAUUAUAGUGAUACUAAUUUUCGGGUGACGUCCGUAGUGACAAAAACGUUGCUUGCCUAAGCUCACUAUUGAAGCUUUGUGUAUGUACUGUUUUAAAGAAAAAUAUGUAAGUAUACGGUUGUCAUAUUUCGGUCAUACUUAAAGACCAAUUAAUUUUGAAAAUUGUUUACAAUAAAGAACCUUUCUUUGACUUUGUCGUAUUUUUUCGGCUGUUUUGCUCAAAAAUUAUCUCGCAAGUUUGUAUAUAAAACUUAAAAGUCUUGUUAUUUUAUGAAACACUACAACCGAAAUAUGGCAACCUGUUUGGCCGUUUUUUCACUUUUUUGUUCAAAAUAGUGGAUGCACGAAGCCUCAUAAGGCGCUUUCCUCGGUUCACAACGCUCAACGGGUCUGUUGCAAGUUGUUGAAAACAACAUUGGCAUUGCUGCAGCUGAGCAACAGGUCUGUCGACUGUCGCAGUUGUUGACACAGAGCUGCAGCAGCUCUGUGUCAACAACUGCGACAGUCGACAGACCUGUUGAAAACAACAUUGCUGCAGCUCUGCGGUGUCAACAACUUGCGACAAGCCUGUUGAAAACAGCAUUGCUGCAGCUCUGUCACAACAGUUUGUAACAGACCUGUUGACAUGCCGUUGCGGACCUGUCAGGACAGACAGGUACAAGGCGAGCGAACGCAUCCAGAUAUCGGCUUGUUGACAACAAGUUGUAACAGACCUGCUGCAGAUCUGUUCCAACUUGCGCGGAAUUGGCUGUGUAGUAGUCUUAAUUUUAUUUAUUGACAAGAAAAUAAAGAGAUAUUUAUGAUGGACUUUCUUCUUCUCCCAGUACGAACUUGCCCGAGAUCCUGAUAUUCCAACUUGCGUGGAGUUUGCCGGAUUUAUAUUAAAACAAUGAAAAUGAGUGCAUAUUUAUGUAAAGUUUAAGAGCCAAUUAGGGACCGCUAAUUAUUUAUUGUACAGGGGGGAGGAUUGAGGAGAAACUGGGGGGCUUUAAAUUUUUUAAAGCCUGAAAGGGGGGGCUUUGAAAAAAUACAGAGAGACGAAAGAAGGGGGGCUUUGAAAAUAUUUACCAGUUUGAAAAAAACAUUAGUAGUUUUAAAAAUGUAUCACAAAACAACUUAACAACAAAUAAUAUAGACCUAAUAUUCAUAAAUGGAAGCCAAGUCUCUUAUGUUCAUGUAAAUAGACAAUUCCUAUUAUAGACUAAUUUUAGAACUAGGCAAAGAGAUGCAAAUCAAGGCCGAAUUUUGGUGAAAAUAGUGGGGGCGGUGGAAAAAAAUUUUAGGGGAGGUGCAGCGGUCUAGCUCACAACCCCAUGGAAAGUUAGGGCUUAUUGUAGAACAGGCCGAUAUCAACAAGGUGAGGUGUGCAUGUAGUGUACAUAUGUACCAGUGUAUUAAUGAAUUAUGAAUGUAUAACUCCAAUCUUGCCCUUCAUUGCAAUUGCUACAAAGUUUCUUUCAAAACAUUGCAUUAAAAGUGUACUUGACACAGAGAUGAAUGGCUAUCACUGUUUCAAUUUUACAGAGAAAACUUUCUUAUGUCACGGAGUGUAGAUCCUAAGCAACCAUCACAUUUUCACUUUGUUCCAUCAUUGAAACUUUCCCAAGGGGAAGUGCAUGACCUUUCAAGAGAGGUGGAAAAAUUCUCAGGGGAGGUGCGCACCUCUCCACACUUCCCUCAAAAUCCGGCCUUGAUGCAAAUAAAUCCCCACAGCUAGAAAGAGCAUACUAGAAUAAGCAAAUUAUUGCAAAGUUUGGUUGCAAAUUGUUGCAAAAUACGGAAAAUAUAGCCUUGCAAAGUUUGCAAAUUUUGUACACUUUUGUAUUGCAUGCGAAAAUUGCAAUUAUACAAAAGAAUACAAAAUUUGCAAACUUUGGAAGGCUAUAUUUUCUACAUAUUUGACAACAUUUUGCAACCAAACUUUGGAAUUUUAGUAAUUUUAGUAUGCCCUUCCCGGGAAUAUACUUUUUUUGCUAAGAUAAAAAUUAGUCUAUAAUGGGAAUGUCUAUUGGUCCCCAUUACCUAUUUUUCUUUCUCUAAAAUAAACAGCUAGAGUUUUUGUUUCUCUAAAUAAAGAUAAAGAGCUAGAGGGGGGGGGGCAAAACUUAUGUUCUUGUUUUGCUUGUUGGGGGGGGGGCUUUGAAAAUUUUACUUGUCUUAAGAGGGGGGCAACGAAAAAAUAUUAUAACUGUGGAGUUUCUCCUCAGUCACCCUCUGUACAAUAAAUAAUGAGCAGUCCCUUAUUGACAUUGUAUUCCCAAAAUGAGACAAUUUUUUCUACAUAUACAAACUUAACUUUUCUUCUAAUUCUAGCAACGUAUCCAUCGUUAUGUGCCUUAUGUCAUCCUCGGUCUCUUGUGUUUAAUAUCUGGAAUCACAUGCCAUAUAUGGAUUCCUGAAACGAAGGAAGCAACAACACUGGAAGUCUUUCCUGCUAAGUCUGAAGAAGGUCAGGACAAGGACAACCAUCCUCAGGCACAUGAAAACCAAGUGGCAAUCAGUUAGAUUAAAUAGUGGAUUUUAUAUUAUGCAUUGUGAUUGUAUUAUUAUUGGGAUGUUUAUGUAAUAUUUCAAAUCAGAAAAUGUAGACUGGACAGAAUUAUAUAGAGCUUUCUAAAUGGCAGGAUUUCACACGCAGAAACUAUGAAAUUUUGUUCAUUUCACAUUUCAGGCAGCAAAAUGUGACACCUUCGAUUCUAUAAUCCCCCUAGCGGCUAGCCAUGAUAUAUACUCAAUCAUUACUUAAAGUGAAUUGAUCAUGAAUAAAUUUUGAUGCAGUCCUAGAAAUGAAUUAAUUCUUGAUGCAGUGCUGGAAAUGAAUUAAGUUUUGAUCCAGUCCUAGAUUUUGAUGCAGUCUUGAGAGUCGAGACUGAUCAGUUAAUUUUCAUCCAGUCCUAGACUUACCACAGCCUACGGCCCCAGGCUCUCUCUCGCGCGCUUGCUAUGCUUGGUUCAUAGGGGUACGAAGGGGAACUUGUGGUGGGAGAGGGGUAGCUGUGGGGAAGAGACGGCGCGGUGACGUCACAACUAACUGACGUCAUACCUAAGCUAGUUUUAUCGACCGUUUCGUAAUUUCGUUGCUCCUGCAGAACGGCUAGGGACUAGGCUGGACUUACCAUAUCCAGUAUUUUGUAAACUGGCUUAAUGUGACUCUGUGAAGGAGAUCUAGAGGGGUUGGCUAAUUUCCUCAAGACCGUAUAUUAUAAUGCUCUACAUGAGAGUAUAUUAAUACUCUACACGUAUAUUAAUACUCAACAUACUCUACAUGAGCGAGUGUGUUGCAUGCAGUCGAAACAACAUGGACCAAACACUCGUAAAGAAGGGUAGUAAAGGGGGGGGGGGAUGUGUGUCACAUUUCAUGGCACAAAAAUCCGUCAUUUCACAUUUCACGAGAACAAACUGAUUGGCAAUUCACGGCUCUAUCCACCUAGCCUCCACUUCGGUGAAUAAUUGUUAAUUAUAUAUUACGCGUAGAUACUGCAUAUUGUUACAUUCAACCUCAUCAUACAAAACGUCAAAAUUUCGAAGAGGAAUUAUUAACCAAAAGGGAAGAGCUGGGCAUUGCUCAGCGAGUGUACCGGGACUGUAAAAACGUUUGCUACCAUUUCUCUAUUUCUCCUCCGUUUGUCUUGAUAUUCGUCAUUUUAUCAGCGAUAAUUAGAUAAAAUAUUUUUUCAGUGGAAAGAACGCGGAAUUACAGAUCUUGUAACUCUUAUCCAACUCGAAAUUAGCUAGACGAUGCUACGUAGCAUUCAUAUAUUCAUAUAUGGCGCCCUGAUUCACAUGGUGUCCAGGGCGCUUUUAGCCGCACGUCCGCUCUUAAACAGCGGUGUGAGUAAUUUCCUAAUCAUCAGAGUGACUGAGUAGUGUGUAGGGGCUGCCUCGUCCCCAGGCGCUAAUAAAAAUGUUUCAUGCGAGUCACUAUAUGAAAGGUUUACAUGAAGUGGUGCGUCACAUUUUAGGCGCGCAAAGGGCAGUGGGACAUGUCGAUGCCUCAAGCCCAUAACUCCCUGCGAUUGUUCGUCGCGAUGCACUACUUCAUGUAAACCUCUCAUAUAGUGACUCGCAUGAAAUUUUUUCAUUAGCGCCUGGGGACGAGGCAGGUGUAGGGGUGUCUUGUGGAAGUUUGUGACACCGCACACGAUAAAACGACGAAGAAAACAGAAAUUCGCAUGUAAAUUAAACCAUUGCAACAAUAAAUACUGGCGUGAGAAGAAUGCAAUAGUAUGUGUCACUCUGCUGAUGCAAUUAUUAUGGGACACUUUUGCGCUAUGCAAAUUAGCAGUCGUAACAAGUCACCAACAGGUCGAAUCGAGUCAUUUCACUAUCUGGUCGAGUCGAGUCAAGUCGAGUCAAUGAACGAACAUAUUAUAGAUAGGGGUAUUGGGUUACCUGUGGGAAACAAGCCUGUUCGCGGGCGACCUGAGUAUUGGGGAAAACAACGAACAUGUGAGACUUUGUGAGCGAGAGUUUUGUGUAAAAAGUGGGAGUUUUUAUAGUUUAUUAAACUUUACUAAAACAUAAUACGAGAGUUUUAGUGUGCCGACACAAGUUCGGCACAUUUUGGUGCCGUGACCAGGAUUGAACAACGAAAUAUUUGCGGGUAAAGACGAGAAAUUGAGGGUAUUACGAAAUUCAAGAUGGCGGACGAACUUGAACAACAAGAAAUUAAGGAGAAUAAUACGGUAGAAAUCACUCAGGAGGAGAAAGACCAGGAGAAAAAGAUUAGAAAAGAGAUUGAAAAGCUGCAGUUUUAUCUCGAGGACGUCGACGAAUUAUUGGAAAGUGAGGAUUUUAAUGAAAUCAAACAAGUAUGCAAGCGAACACAGCAGAUUCAGCCUGAAUCUGCUGUGCUCGCUUGCAUACUUGUUUGAUUUCAUUAAAAUCCUCACUUUCCAAUAAUUCGUCGACGUCCUCCAUUCAGGAUAAUAUGAACGACUUGGUGUCGCAUUUACAAGAAUUAAAAAUUGAGCUGGGAAAUUCAACACAAAAAUCUAUUAGACAGUGGACAAGAGAUUUGAAGGCAGAGUAUGCACCACUAUGUGAGAAACGUGUGAGGUUGUGUAGGGUACUAGACGAUAGACAGAGACAUGAAAACUUGAGAGCUGAGGAAGAAGUGGCGAUCAGAAAGAUGGAGAAAGAAGAGCAACUACGUAGGCAGAUCCAACAACAAGAGAAAGAAAUGUGGGAAGAAAGAAUGAGAGCGGAGUUAGUGCUGGCAGAGAAGAAAAUUCAGAUGGAGAAAGAAGCUAAAGCAAGUACAUCGAAACUACCAGAGUUGAAAAUAUCACCCUUUAAUGGCACUUCUGCUGACUGGAUAAGGUUUGAGAAUAUGUUUUCCUCACAAGUUGACAGCAAGUCCAUUUCGGACGCUGAGAAAUUUGGGUACCUGUUAGAGCUUGUGAAUCCGAAGGUGAGAGGUAGACUUUCGAACUUGAAGCCGGGGUCAGAAGGUUACAAAACAGCAUGGGAAAAGUUGAAAAUGGAAUAUGGUCAUAAUAAAUUAGUAAUUGCAGCUCAUAUGGAGGAGAUUAUUAAGUUACAGACAGUGAGAGGAAGAAAUUACGAUAAGGUAUGUGAAUUUUAUGAAAGUCUUUGCAAAAACUAUGACGCACUGCAAACGUUGAGUGAAGAAGCUAUGUUAAAGGGGUUGGUGGUAUCUACUUUAAAUAAACUCCCCCAGGUUAAGCCUGAUUUAGUACGUAUGGAUGAUAAUUGGGAAGAUUGGAACAUGAAACAAUUGUUAUCAGCAUUACAGGGGUGGUUCAAGCGUAACAAAACAGAAGAGGUACCAACUAAGGAGCAUGAAAACCCAAGAAAGAGGGAGCGAAACUGGUAUACCCAAAAGGGGGGAGAGUUUACCAAUGGUAAAGGCAAGGGCCCGGUCUGUAUUUAUUGCGAAGGACAGCACUGGGGAGACCAAUGCACAUCGUAUGACUCUGUGACUAAGCGUAGACAGUUCUUUGUUGAAAAACGACUGUGCUUUAAUUGUGGUCGACCAGGCCACCGCGAAAGUAAAUGUCGCAGUAGGAGGUGCUACAAGUGCAAGGGCAAACAUCACACUAUCCUUUGUGAUAAACUGCAGGAAAACAAUAAUCGAGAAAACCACAACGCAAUGUUAAAUGGAUAUUUCCCAUCCUCUGAAGAGAAGUCUUUACCAGCUAUUGUGCCACUUAAAAUUAAGGGUAAGACAUUUUGGGCGUAUCUCGACACGGGCUCUGGGAGAAAUUUCAUCUCGAAGGAAGCAGUGCGAAUCACCCCAGCGCCAUGAGAGUAGAAACAUCCUAACUGUAAACGGGUCCAAAAAGGCAUCAAUGCCAGUGUUUGAAGUAACAAUCAAUUAAGUUGAUGGACGGGCAAGUGAGAAUAUCGAGAUUACUGGUACAGAAAUGCCAGAUUUUACAACUGUGAAAAGACCGACUUUCAUAGAGCUAAAGGAGAAAUACGAGCAUCUUCGCGAGAAAACAUUCUACCGGUCAGAAAGCGAAGAGUAUCCCAUCCAUGUCAUAUUGGGCGAUGCUACCUAUUGCAAAAUACGGACUGAUCAAGUCUACAAGGGAAAAUCAGAGGAUCCGAUUGUAGAAGGAACGACCUUCUGUUUGACAUUAACGGUCAAGUAGAACAUUUAAGAUUUACUCGUGUGCCUUUCGGCGUGGAAGCCAGCCCAUUUAUGCUUGGUGCCACCCUGCAACACCACUUCAAUCUGCAGCCAGAAGAGUACCAAAACACCAUUGAGUCGUUAAAAGAGAACACUUAUGUUGAUAAUCUAAUGAAGACCGGAAGUGAUAUUGCAGAUCUUGAAGAUUUCAAACGCGAAGCGACAGAAAUCCUAGAAAACGCGAAGUUCCCAGUCCACAAGUGGGAGUCGAAUGUCGAAGAACUUGACAACGAAUCAAAUCCCAGCAAAAUACUCGGACAUAAAUGGAAUAAAAGAGAAGAUACACUUGAGAUUCGAGCAGAACCUACAAAGGAAGAAACACCAGUGACAAAGAGACAUAUUCUUAAGGAACUCAGUAGCAUAUAUGACCCUUUGGGAAUAAUAUCGCCGACCAUGGUUGAAGGAAAGCGCAUCUAUAGAGAAGCGUGUGAUGAGAAAGUCGGCUGGAAUUCAGAAGUAUCUACCAGCACGUCCAAAGAUUGGAUAAAGUGGCGACAACAGUUAAGAAACGUGAAAAUUCCGAGAAGUCUAGCAAAGGAGAUUCGAAAGGUGAAAGCUAUACAUUUGCAUUUAUUUGCUGAUGCAAGUUUCACAGCGUGCUCGGCGGUCAGUAUAGCAGUAAUCGAACAUUCCAGUGGAAUAGUUAAAGGUCUUCUUACGUCAAAGUCCAGAAUUGCCAAGAGAAACACUUCCAUACCAAGGCUGGAAUUAGUUAGCGGUCAGAUGGCUGCCAAUAUGGCUAAGAAUUUGGUUGCCGCAUUGAGAAGAUGGCCAAUUGCAUCAGUUGCAGUGUGGAUGGACAGCCUGGUUGCUUUGUUUUGGAUUGCAAGCCCAGAAAGAUACUGGAAAAUCUUUGCAUCAAAUCGGACGCGGAAGAUUGCUGAAAUUACGGAAGUAGGCAUCAGUUGGAAGUACUGUCCAUCCGAGGAAAAUUUAGCUGAUUUAGGGAGUCGGGGAGCUUCGAUCGACAAAAUGGAAAAGGACGGUUGGUUUAAUGGUCCCGAGUGGCUAGUUAACCCAGACAAAUGGCCAAAACAACCAAAGCUCGAGAGAACAAAGACUGUCCUGGACGAGCAAAAGCCGAUGACGGAAGUAGCUUUCAAUACGCAAGAAAAAGAUCCGGACGAAUGGGACUUGCUACUUUCUCGAUCAAGCUACUGGAAGACUAUUCGUGUUACUGCGUGGGCGUUAAGAUUUGUAAGCAAUGCAAGAGCCAGAAAACGGAAAACUAACCUAGCGAAAGGUCCGCUGACGACGAACGAGCUAGAACAGUCGAAAGUGCGAUGGGUGAAGAAGGUCCAAGAAGACAUGAGUUCGGAGCUACGAGCACCUGGAUGGGAAGUCAUACGAGAAGGUGAUUCUGGUUUACUGAAAUGUAAAGGUCGAAUUCCCGGGUAUCAGCCGAUAUACUUGGAAGGAGGAGACUUUACGGACAAAUUGAUUAUGCAUACACACAAUGAGAUACGUCAUUUUGGUAUCGCGAACACGAUGGCCGCACUAAGAGAGAACUGGUGGAUUCCGAGACUGCGCUCGAAAGUUAAAAGGAUCAUUAACGAAUGCAACGUAUGUAAAGCGUACCGAGUCAAACCAUAUGGUCGUACAGCAACUGCCGAACUACCUACGUUUCGAAUCGAAAGCGGACAACCAUUUGAAACAACGGGUGUUGAUUUCGCGGGUCCCCUCACAUAUAAGCUUACCAAGAAAGAAGAAGGCAAGUGCUACAUCCUAAUAUUUACAUGUGCUACAUCCAGAGCCGUGCAUCUGGAGUUGACGAAGACACAAUCGGCAGAGGAAUUCAAAGUAAAGCUAAACGCCUUCAUCGCAAGAAAGAGCAGACCAAAGUUGAUUGUGUCGGACAACGGAGGAGCGUUUAAAGCGACAGCGUUAUGGAUCAGAAAGAUACGUAAAAGUGAACGACUGCAAGAUUAUUUGGCAAGACAAGAGAUUCGGUGGAGAUUCAAUCUAUCCAAGUCCCCUUGGUGGGGUGGAAUGUACGAACGCUUACUUAAGGACAUUAAAAAAGCCCUGUAUAAAGUUCUGGGAAGAUCAACAUUAUGUUUCGACCAGUUACAAGCUAUCGUAAUUGAUAUUGAGAAAAAUGUAAACAAUAGGCCACUGACGUACGUCGAAAGCGAGCAAGAAGAGGAACAAGUGCUCACACCAAAUACAAUUCUGUGGGGACAAAACGUGCAUACCAUUGACGAAUCAGACACGGAUGAUGGAGAAGUCGUGAAGUUACACAAACGAAUGAAGCAGAAACGAGAGCACGCGUGGCAAAGAUGGAAGACGGAGUACGUACAUAGUUUGAUGGAACAUCAUCGAGUGAUUAAAGGGGAAAAUGCGUGUCCAGAA